AUCAGGUGAUACAUCACGUGAUAACUUGCAAGCAGGAUCGGGGAUUUCCCGAAUUUCGUCUUGAUCGAUGGCGCGUGAAUUUGAGUCAAUCAAAUGACGAGAAAUAUAGUGAUUUCCACUUGUAAGUGAAACAUACACUGCCAAGCAAGGAUCUCGUGAUUUGUAGUCAGAUACAUCGGGGAAAGGGACCUGCAAAGUCCAUGAAUGGUGCAAUUUGUAAAUGCAACGUGGAAAUCGGCACUUGAACCAAGUUGAACGCUCGAAUGAAAAUGCAAAUGGACCAGUUUCCAGCACAAGACUCCCCCUUGAACUCUGGCGGACGAAACACAAGCGAAGACCCCUUGCAUUCUGGCCUUUUGAACUUGCUCUGCGAUGCUACCCUGAUUGGUGGUGGUGGUUUUGCAUCUAGUAGGAAUUCUGGAAAGAUGAUUGAGAAAGGAGAAGAGGAAUCACUAAGUAAACUAUUGGGCCUUCCACUCACAGAGACUCACCUCCAGGAUGUUCUCAGUGCAACAUGCAAACAUGUGAUUAACAAUCUAAGGAGAUCAGGCAAGCAUGGACCAGAAGGUGUGGUAGGGUUGAGUCGCCCGAUGAUCAACCAAGCCUUCAGAAGAGUCUUCAUGUUUUUGUAUGGUGAGGAGGCUCCACGAGAAGAUGACAUCACCAUCGUGAUUCAGAAGAUUUCCACUAAAUCAUCAGAUUUGAAUGGUGUUAUUAACCAAGUAGUUCUCCUGGGUUUGAUGUGGAUAGCAUGCUGUUUACUACAAAGAUGGUCAGUGGAACUUCAGCUUGGUUAUAUAGAACAGAUCGUAGAGACAAACAAUGAGAGUCAGAGACAUAGCCGAGUACAAGCGCAAGAUUCGACUCAUCACCGACAACAGACUGCAACAGAGAACACGGGUUUCAGAAUGCAGUUGAGAGGGAUCAUAAGUUACCUGAGAGUAUGUUCUUUGGUUCAAGCUGAAGAAUGGGUCAAAUGUGUUGAGAUCAUCAAUAAAGAGCUACAUUCUAUACCGGAUCAACUACAGGAUCAAGUCCAGUAUAUAAGAGCCUUCUGUCUGUAUCACCAUGGCAACUUCACUGAAGCCUUAGAUGCCUGUCAGCAUCUGACUGAGAUUAUCUCCAAAGAUGGUGUAUCAGUCCAAGUCUACAACCUUAUGGGAUGCUGUCUAAGGCAAAUGGGAAAACCUCAUAUGGCACAGCAGCAGUUCAGGAAAGCUCUUACAAGCUGUUCAAUCAUUCCACCACCCUCCCUCUUCAACCUGUCUGUCACCUAUAGAGAUCUGGGGGAUGAAGACGCAGAAGUGAAAUCUCUCCGUCUGUUAGUAAAGGCCCUUGCGUUAGACCAGACUGCAGAUGAGAAUGGAGACGAUACCUUUAUCAGUCCUAGUCCUGCAUGGCCACCAGUGCUGCUACUUCCAGUUUCUUGGACAAAGGAAAGGUCUGAUCACCCUAUGCAAUCCUUUGAUUACUGGACUGGGGUCUAUGUCCUGGCAAAGCGUAGCCAUGAUCUUAACCAGACUGACAUUGCUGUUGAUAUGUUUAUGGCCUUACUCUCUGACGUUGUACUACUUGAAAGCAGCUCUCUGGCCUUUGAUAGAGGCAGCCGAAGUAAUUCACUCCUGCCUCCUCUGAAAACCAUUUAUUUGGAUGCUGCCACUGCCCUCCUGAAAGCAGGCAAGACCCAGGAAGCACUGGCAGUGUGUGACAAACUCUUGUCCAAAUCGUCUCUCCUCCAACAUGACAUACCAGAUUCAUCCUCUGCGAUGGAUGAUGGUGAAACCCAGAGGUCAUCCCGCAGGUUCCCUUUCUUGGUGCCAUGUGCAACACCAUCUUCCGAGGAGCGUUCCAAGGCAGAGAGGACUGCACACCCAGGCGACCAAGGAGGUGGGGAUGGUAGCGAUAGGAGUAUACCUGGAUGCAGUAGUGGUUCCGGUGGACGUCAGACCCUUGGACACGGUAGCGAUGUUGGCCAUCAUGGGACUGACAAGCAAGGUCCAAGAGGUUCUGGAGACACUGUAGGCAGAAGGAAGAGGCAGCGGGAGCAGGAUGAGACCGCAGCUGUCACAGGGGCAUCCCCAACGACACUUGAAAAUCAGGUCCACAUUGACUGUAGCAACUCAGAUAGUGGUAGACGAGAGCAGGAAGAGGAUGAAAUCUACACUGCACAUGCUCUGAUACUGCAAGCACAUUGCCUCUUCAAGGAACAUAAAGCCGAGCUGGCCAUGACAGAAGUUGAUUGUGCUCUGGGAAUUUUGCAGACCAAUAGAGCAGGAGUCGAGGUUGACCAAUGGAUGGAGGAGAAUGAGGGCACAGAUGAUAUCAGCAAGGCUAAGAGGAGAAGAAUCGAUUCAGCUUUUGAUGGAAUACCAGACAAUAAAAGAAGCUCUUCAUUGGAUAACCAGUCGACACAUUCAUCAAUCCUGAAAUCGAUUGCAUAUCAGCUCAAAGCAUCAAUUUUAAUCAGUCAGAAUCAGCUACAUGAUGCAAUGAAAGUCGUCUUGCAAAGCCUCCAAAGCUGUCAAAACAAUACAGAUUCCUUGAGGACCCAUGCAGUAAUCCUGGAGAAGCUAAACAGAAAGGGUGAAGCUGUCAAAGCUUGGUCCAGACUAAAAGAAGCCAAAGCAGCGUCUGGGACAGUCCACUCCCUCUCAUCAUGGUACAAUGAAACCUGCUUACAAAACCCAUGCAGUAAUCCUGGAGAAGCUUGAUAGAAAGGGUGAAACUGUCAAAGCUUGUUCCAGACUAAAAGAAGCCAAAGCAGCAUCUGGAUGGUCCACUCCCUCUCAUCAAUGUACAAUGAAACCUGCCUACAAAGACCAUAUAGUAAUCCUGGAGAAGCUUGAUAGAAGAGUAAAACUGUCAAAGCUUGGUCCAGACUAAAAGAAG